AUGAUAACUGUUUAAAUAAGAACCCCAAAAGUGAAAUUAUCCAAACAUAGAAUUUAAAAUAGUUAGCCCACAAUAUUAAACUAUUCAAAUUUAAAUAGUUUUCAUGAAUUUUUUAAUAACAGCUCACAUAGUAAUGAGAAGAGAUAGAGCAUAUUUAAUACUAGAUGCAAAACUGAAAAUGCUUAAAUCGAAGUGUCGAUAAAGCCUAACAAACAAAAAUAAUCUAGUUAAUCGACAACUAUUAGUUUGGCAAGCAGUGCUAGUCCGAAUUAAGGCAUGAAAAAUGUAAAAGGGAAUUCUAACAGCAGCUUUAAAAUAUUACAGCAAUCCAACCAUCUUAAUCCAUUCCAAGAGAACGGAACAAAUUAAAAACUAUAAUAGCAAUUGCAAAAAGUUGUUGAGAGAACUAAAAAGAUGAUGAGCAACUAUCAAGCUGCUACUAAAAAAUGGGAAUUAAAGGAAUAAGAAUACAAAGAAGAAAUAUCCACCUUAAAAAAAACCAUUGAAAAAUAAAAUGCUCAACUUUAAAAACAUAAUUUAAAUCCAAUUUAUUUCUGA